AACCAUUCCAUUGACCCAUUAAUAAAUUCUACAAAUUCACAUCCAUACAUCCACUACUGUCCAGAGUGAUCACUCACUCAUUCACUCCCCUACUAUACUCCCAACAAAUUAUUGAAGAUUUCAAAAUUGAUCCAAAGGACCACUUAUGUCGUUUUAUUUACUUUCGCAUCCUCUACAUUUAAUUGUAAAUACUCGCGAUCCAAUUAGCUUAAUUUAUUAAAAAUUUUAAACUAAUAUUACAUUAUUUACAACGAUUAGACAUUUUUCCUAUCUACUUUAUAUCAAAUCGUUACAAAUAAUAUGUAAUGGGUAAGUAACAAAAUGCACGUUCUUAAUUCAUCACUUUGAUAAAUUAUCUCUCAACCACUCAUCACUCCCCUUAUGUAUCGAACCAUCCCCACAACAAAUUAAACUCCAAAACACCAAAAUUCUUUACCAAAUCAUUCAUUCAUUAAAAUUACAAAAAUAAUCAACCCAAAAAUGGAGUCAUCAACAAAAGAACAAGAACAACAACACAUAAUCCUCCUCCCAUUUUUAGCACAAGGCCAUCUCCGACCAUUCCUCCACCUCGCUCACCGCCUUCUCUCUCUAACACCCUUCAAUCUCUCUCUCCUCACUACCCCUUUAAACGCCGCUAAUCUCCGCCGUCAAUCCGACAACUUCAACAUCAACCUUAACAUCAUCGAACUCCCCUUCACUAGCACCGACCACGGUCUCCCACCCAACACCGAAAAUACCGAUAAACUCUCAUUAACCUCCAUCAUCAAACUCUUCCAUGCAUCCACUUCACUCGAACCUCAUGUACGUGACUACCUCACGCGCCACCACCUGCACGACCCACCCGUGUGCAUAAUCUUCGACGUGUUCUUGGGCUGGGCCGAUAACGUGGCCCGAUCAGUUGGGUCCACCGGAAUCUGCUUCAACACUGGUGGGGCCUACGGUGUCGGUGCGUAUGUUUCAAUCUGGAGCAAUCUACCUCACCGGAAUGUCGGCGAUGAUGAGGAGUUUUCAUUGGCUGGUUUCCCGGAAGAUCGGAAACUCCGACGUAAUCAGCUUCAUCGGUUUUUAAGGUUUGCUGAUGGGUCCGAUGAAUGGUCGAGGUUUUUCCAACCUCAGAUUAAAUCAUCCUUGAAUUGUUCUGGGUGGUUGUGUAAUUCCAUCGAGGAGAUUGAACCGUUAGGGUUUCAAGUUUUUAGGAAUUUCACGAAAUCUCCUAUUUGGGGAAUUGGUCCUUUGAUUAUGACAUCUUCGAAAAAAGAUGAUGAUGAGAAGGAAGAGGCUUGUUUGAGGUGGUUGAAUCAAUUUGAAAAUGACUCAGUUUUGUACAUUUGUUUCGGGUCACAGAAUACAGUGACUCCGAUUCAGAUGAUGGAGUUAGCGAAAGGUUUGGAGGAGAGUAAGAUCCCGUUCUUGUGGGUGAUUCGGCCGCCAUUCGGGUUCGAUUUCAAUGGGGAGUUUAAACCCGAAUGGCUGCCUGAGAAGUUUGAGGAAAGAAUGAUGGAGAAAAAACAGGGGAUGUUGGUGAGAGAUUGGGUGCCUCAGUUGGAUAUUUUGAGGCAUGAGGCUACUGGUGGAUUUUUGAGUCAUUGUGGUUGGAAUUCGGUAUUGGAAGGUUUAAGAGAAGGAGUGCCAAUACUCGGGUGGCCGUUGGCGGCCGAGCAAGCGUAUAAUUCAAAGAUGAUGGUGGAGGAAAUGGGGGUGGCGGUCGAGUUGACGAGGGGGUUGGAAGGGGAGGUGAAGAAAGAGUGGGUGAAGAGUGUGGUGGAAAUGGUGUUGGAUAGAAAGGAGGGGAGUUGUGGGUGGGAAAUGAAGAAGAAAGCUGUUGAGAUUGGGGAGAAAUUGAAGGAUGCUUGGAAAAUUGAGGGAGAUUACAAAGGAUCUUCUGUUAAGGCAAUGGAUAAUUUUGUAGAGUUUAUAGUUUCUUGUAGGGGAAAGAAAUCUAAAGAAGAUGCUUGAACUGGUGUACCCCGGGUUUGUGAGAUCGAUACAUGGACAUCGUAUACUUACCGACGAGUAUGGUGCAUGCAUUGAUAUUGUAAUGCAAACACGGUUUUAUCUAGUGCGGAGUAUGAUUUUUUAGUGGAAGAAUAAUUAUGGAUUAGAUAUUAAAGUAGUACUCCAUUAAACUAUAAAGUAGGAGCAAAAGGCAGUAUUUUAAAAAAAAAAAAGAUUUCUGUUUUGCGGAGAUUAUAUGUAAUGUUAGAUGAUUGAAAUUAUCUCAAAUUCUCAAUCAUGAUUCAAUGUUUUCCCCUUUUAGCAUUGACAUCGUAGCUUCACUGAGUUGAAUGAGGGAUCUUAAAAAGAUGGUUUGAAUUUGUGUGUUUUAUCUUCUUUUGAUUAUCAUAUGCUUGGUAUAAUUAAACAUUCUUAUUACCUAAAUAAGGCAGGGACAGAUUUGUAGUUCA